AUGGCUAGGAUGGGCGACGUGUACAAGAAGGCGUAUUGGAACAUUGCGGCCACGGGGACCAUGGAUGGCAAGACGGGGUUUCUUGAGAAGGAAGAGGAGGAAGAGCAGGAGGAUGAGCUGCCCGUCCAUGCCAAUGGCGAUUUUGAGGCCUACGUCAUGCUGGCGAAGCCCAACACACGAGGCUGGGUGAUGCAGCAAAGGGUCUUGUCGAGACGGACUAUCCACUUUGCGACGGAUAUGUGGACUGGGAAUGUGGUGGAUAUGUCGUGUCUGACAGCAUGA